AUGAUCACGGGUUUCGCAUUGCUGCUGCUGUUGCUCCUGCUGCUGGCUCUAGCCAAGCAGCACUGGGGGGCUCCGGGCUUGCCAACGCAGGGGACCCUUCCCCCAGGACCCAAGCCACUCCCGCUGCUGGGGAACUUGCUGCUGCUGAAGUCGGGACGCCAGGACCGUGUACUUAUGGAGCUGUCCGGCCGCUGGGGCCCGGUGUUCACAGUGUGGCUGGGCCCGCGCCCCGCAGUGGUGCUGUGCGGCUACGCGGCGCUGCGGGACGCGCUGGUGCUGCAGGCGGAUAGCUUUUCCGGCCGCGGGGCCAUGGCACCGGGCGGCGCGGGCCGGGCCGGGGACCCGGGGGCCGCGGAGUGGACCGGGCCGAGACGCUUGGGGGGCACCGAGGAGGUCAGGAGAAGGAGCCGAGCCCCGCCCCCCGCUCGGACCCCCACCCCAGGCAUCGUGUUUUCCAACGGGCCGCGCUGGCGGGCGCUGCGCAGUUUUGCGCUCGGCGCGCUCAAGGAGCUCGGGCUGGGCUCGCGGACCGUCGAGGAGCGCGUCCUGGAGGAGGCGGCCUGCCUGCUGGGCGAACUUCAAGCCACCUCUGGAACCCCGUUCGACCCCAGGCGGCUACUGGAUAGUGCCGUCUCUAAUGUGAUCUGCUCCGUGGUCUUCGGGAAACGCUAUGGCUACGAGGACCCCGAGUUCCUGAGGCUCCUGGACCUCUUUCACGACAACUUCUGCAUCGUGAGUUCCAGAUGGGGCGAGAUGUACAACAUUUUCCCCUCCCUCCUGGACUGGCUCCCUGGCCCACACCACCGAAUCUUCCAAAACUUUGCUGAGCUGCGGGUCUUCAUCUCUGCGCAAAUCCAGCAGCACCGGCAGACCCGAAGGCCUGGGGAGCACAGGGAUUUCAUCGACUGCUUCCUCGACCAGAUGGAUAAGGAGCAGCAGGACCCAGAGAGCCACUUCCAGGAGGAGACCUUGGUGAUGACCACGCACAACCUCUUCUUUGGUGGCACCGAGACGACAAGCACCACCCUGCGUUACGGGCUUCUCAUCCUGCUCAAGUACCCAGAGGUGGCAGCCAAAAUGCAGGCCGAGCUGGACAGCGUGGUGGGGAGGACGCACGCCCCAAGCCUGGAGGACCGCGCACGCCUGCCUUACACCAACGCCGUGCUCCACGAGAUCCAGCGCUUCAUCAGCGUGUUGCCCCUGGGGCUGCCGCGAGCCCUCACCCGCAACGCCAGCCUGCACGGCCACCUCCUGCCCAAGGGCACGGUCAUGAUCCCUCUGCUUGUGUCCGCACACCGGGACCCCACCCAAUUCAAGAGCCCAGACUGCUUCAACCCCGCCAACUUCCUGGAUGACAAGGGACAGUUCCAGAGCAAUGAUGCCUUCAUGCCCUUUGCUCCAGGAAAGCGGAUGUGCCCGGGUGCAGGGCUGGCCCGAUCGGAGAUCUUCCUCUUCUUCACCGCCAUCCUUCAGCAGUUCUGUCUGCUUCCAGUGGGAAGCCCGGCCCACAUCGACCUCACCCCGCAGUGCACUGGCCUGGGAAACAUCCCCCCAGCCUUCCAGCUGCGGCUGGUGGCCCGCUGAGAUCAAGCCCAUCACUCCACCCUCCAGCUCUGACCACCUUACCCCUGUGGGUGAAUAAAAGCCCCUGAACAGCGGCCGGGGGGCCU